CUCUGGCUUACUGGCUAUCACUCUCUCUUUCUCUCUCUCUCUGGUUCACACACAACUAUUUUAAUUUUCCUAUAUAAUCACCAUAACCCAGAAGCAUUUGCACUCGCAGAAUUCAGUGUAACAUAGUUAUACAUAACCGUACAAAUCAGCCGGUACUGUCUCUUUACUGUAGAGUAGUAGUGCACUGUUCAAAACGCAUCAACAAUGGCAAUGCUUAUGAAGGUGGCUUGUGUGGUGCUUGUGUUCAUGGUGGUGGUUGCACCCCAUGAGGUGGGUGCCCUAACUUGCGGUCAGAUUCAGGCUGGGUUGGCCCCAUGCCUGGGCUACCUGAGGGGAGGUAAUGUGGUGCCCCCGAAAUGCUGCGACGGGAUCAGGGCACUCAACAGCGAGGCUAAGACUACAGCAGAUCGCCAAGCCGCUUGCAGGUGCUUGCAGUCAGCUGCUAAAUCCAUCAGCGGUAUCAACCUUGGUAAAGCUGCUGGCCUCCCUGGCCGCUGUGGUGUCAAUAUUCCUUACAAGAUCAGCCCAAGCACCGACUGUUCUAAGGUGAAGUGAGGUUAAUGGACAAGUAAUUUUCCUGCGCAAUAUAUGUUACUGUGAAAUAAGAUGGGUCUUUAUCCCAUGCAGACUCCGACUUGAGCAAGUCUGUCUUUGUAUUUUAUGUCCUCCAGUCGUCUGUCAUAAAUUUGGUAGUUGUAAUGCAAUAAUUAUAUUUACUAGCUACCUACUUUACCGGUAAUCAUUACUCC